AUGAAGUUAGUAAGGUUCUUGAUGAAGCUUAUAUCGGAGCAAGUGCAAGUUGAACUAAAGAACGGAACAAUUGUCAGCGGUACCAUCAUCUCGGUGACGCCGUCUAUGAAUAUCAACCUGAAAAACGUUAAAAUGACAGUUAGAAACAGAAACCCGGUCAGCCUGGAGUUUAUAAAUAUAAGAGGAAACAACGUUCGUAUCGUGAUCUUGCCGGAUAAUUUGAAUUUAGAUAGCCUUUUGACAGACUCAUUGGUCAAGCCUAAGAAUAAAGUGGCCAAGAAAGAUCCAAUCAGAGGUGGACCAAGAGUUGGCAGAGAUAAACCCAGACCAUCUGCUAGGGCUUUCUAA